AUGCCUAGCGUUUGCUUGAGAUGGGUGUACGAGCAAGGAGUGAGUGUUCUUGUGAAAAGCUUUAAUGAGGAUCGGAUGAAGGAAAACCUCGAGGUAUUUAAUUGGGCUUUAAGCCCUCAAGAGUCCCAAAGGAUCCAACAAAUAUCACAGCACAAAAUGUUUCCUGGACUCGGAUUCCUAUACGAGACAGGCCCUUACAAAUCUGUGGAGGAGUUGUGGGAUGAGACCAUCUCUUAG